AUGUCGUCUUCCGAAGCAGCGAAUGCUGCAAGUAGCCACCAGGAGCAGAGAGAGCAGAAGGUUCUUGAUGUCAUGUUUCUCUGCGACGAAUGGAAAUCUUCGAAGGGUGGAUUAUCGACUUUCAAUCGAGAAUUUGCCAUUAAUUUGGCAGAAGCGACGACUGGUAGCAUGAAAAUCCAUUGCUAUGUCUCUAAUAGCGAUGAUCAGGACAGAGAAGAUGCUGAACAACAUGGUGUCAAUUUAAUCACAGCUGGAAGUGUUCCUGGUUCAGCCGACCCCCUCGAGUGCUUGAAGUUUCCACCCUCAAAGCUCCCAAAGCCACAUCUGGUAAUAGGCCAUGGACGAAAGCUGGGUAGUCCUGCGUAUUCCCUUGUACAGAUUACAAAGUGUAAAUGGAUCCAAUUUGUUCACGUCUAUUGUGAGGACCUUGGGAAAUAUAAAGAAUCUGCUACGGCUGCAGAAGAUACAAUCGAAGAGAACGAGGCGAAGCAUAAGAUGGAAAUUGAGUUAUGUAAAGCAGCGGAUGCAGUUGUCGCCGUUGGCUCCCGUCUACAACAGAAGUACAGCAGACGUCUCCUUAAUGUUGAAGUGAAGAUUAUCACUCCUGGGAUCUUUGGAAAGUUUUCCAGUGAAUCAAAGUUGGCUGUAGACAGAUCGGUAGUAAAGAAUUUCAACGUGUCUAUGUUUGGCCGAGCUGCUUUCGAGGAUCUUUCCCUGAAAGGCUAUGAUUUAAUUGCAAAUGCCAUUGGUUCUCUUGGUAAGAACUUUGAGUUGACAUUUGUCGGCUCAUCUCCCGGUGAACAACGAAAAGUUGAGCAAUGGUUUCUUGACAACACGUGCAUCAACCGCAACCAACUAACCAUCCGUCGAUAUUGCAGUGAACAAGAGGAACUCAAGGUGAUGUUCUAUCAGUCAGAUUUGGUUGCUCUGCCAUCCCGUACCGAAGGAUUUGGGCUUGUUGCCCUCGAGGCCAUCUCGGCUGGUGUUCCAGUACUCGUUUCUGAUGAAUCUGGCAUAGCUGAAGCUUUGCAAAAAGUAGAAGGUGGAAACACUGUCAUUGUUGGAUCAGGUGACGAUAAAGAUGAAUGGGCACGAAGGAUCAGAGAGAUGUAUGAAGAAAGCGCAGAAGAGAGAGAAGCCAAUGCUGUGAAGCUUCGCGAGAACUACAGGAAAGUUUACUCUUGGAAAGCAGAAUGUGAGAGGUUUAAAGGGCUGAUUGAAAAUGUUGUGAAAACUGCAAAUGGUGAGCCCACUUCUUUUAAUUUUUCUUUUUUUUUCAGUACAUUUACUGAAAUGUCAUGCUACAUGUACAAGCUAAACCUUAUGUGUAGAAUGAGCCACAUAAGAUAAACUGAAUACUAGUACAUGUAGAUAAGCAUUCGAACAAGUAAAGUGCUCCUGUAUGUCCGGAGUUGUUACAUUUAUCUCGACUUGUGGUUGUACCACAAGUGAAUUGUCUUCUUGAAUUUUUUUUAUAUUAAAUAGAGGGGUAUGUAUCUUGCACCAAUCAGAUUGCCACUUAUGAGUAUGUAUCUCACACCAAUCAGAGUGCUGCAUGAGGGUAUUUAUGUUGCACCAAUCAGAUUGCUGGAUAAGGAUAAUCGCCACAUAAACUGCUGUGUUAUGCAAGGAUUUUUGGCCCUGAGAAAAGCUGUAACAACACAUGUGAAAAAAUAUUGUAUUUUUUCAUGUGUUGAUAUAGCCAAUCAGUUGCACGUCAGUUGCCUUUGGCACCACUUGGUCAGGUUGAUGAAUGAAUGGCAAAGCCUUCAUGAUUCUCAAUACAAGUUGUUUGUUGGAGUUUUCUCGAAUUAUGGCGGCUAAAACACUUAAAAAAUCCUUAUCACUGGCAGACAAUGAGGUUCAAAGUUUCCUAGAAAGGGAAGGAAACCAAUAUACUAAAGAAAAACCAGAAGUUGUGUAUUCAGUGGCUUUGGUGUUAGCAUUUCUCUUGUCUGAGAAUGAAAAUUGACAACUGGAAGAUUUGCCAUCAGCUGAUUUUGGCUGUUUACCUGAAAGACUUCUUCUGUCAGUAAGGACAGCAUUCAAAGUGCAAUCAGAACAUACCCGAUAAUAGCACUACAUGAACAUUGGGUAAUUUUUAAUGUGCUAGAAUUGUACUCCACCAAUCAAAUUCCAUUUUACCUCAUUAGACUUUGCUCCAUGACAUGUCAUUUUCCUGUAGACAACUUGCAUUUUAUCAUGUAUUCUAACUGCGUUUUCUAACCCCGCUAAAAGAAAUUCACACAGAACAAAAUGGGAUUGAUAGUGAACUUUCCUUGCAAUUCUCCCAUGUUUUGAAUUUGUCUACAAAUAAAAUUUGCUUUUAGCUACCUUGGACUUAACCCAAUUGCAUGUCAAUUUAUUGUAAACAACCUUCGUUUUAUCAUGUAAUUCACACACAGAGGGCACAGUCUAGAUAGGCAACAACCAAUCAAGGAGCCCUCUUUGAAUUAUUAUCCUUUCCUCUUGUUCAAUGUAUCUUCACUUAAUCAAGAUUGUAAUUAGAGACACAACAGAACUUCAGUGUGUGUUUUGUAUUAAAAUUAGAUGAAAUCCUAUUUUUGGGACAACUAACUGUAGACAAGUAAUUUUGAUUUUCUCUCCGCAAGAGGAACAGCAGUGAACAUGGUCUCUUUGGUAACCAUUAUUUGGUCUCUUCACCCAACAUGCUCUCUCUCAAAUGGGGAAUAGGCAGUGUUAUGUGAGGAGACCAAGCAACAGCUGCAAAGGAGACAACAGUUAGCGUGGCACUUAUGCAAUUUAUUUUUCCUUAGAAGUAUUCGGACAAUAGAGAAAAUAGGAAUGAUAGAAUGAGAUAAAGAUGCAAAAAAAAACUGAAACAGAAGCGAUACAUACUGUAUGUGGUAAUCAUUUUCAUCAUAAUGUUGUUGGUAUCUGUUCAUUGGUAACAAGCUCUCUGUUUGUUUGCUUUUGCCUCAAUAUAAUGUUCUCACAUUUUAAUGGUUAAAUAGGUAAGAGGUGAAAAAACCUUGUUAUAGUAAGAUUAAAUUUGACUGUUACAAUUUAACAGGUGGUAAGUUGAAUGUUAAGGUUGCGGUGGAUGACUUGAAACCUGAAGAACAGAAUAUGCAGACUGGCAUGUUGGCAACAGAGUCUGCCAGAUGUCAAGGGGUUCCGCAGCCUAGGGCAUCUGCUACAUCAACUGCAUCUGGAAGUGUGUCCUAUUCACAGAAAGAGGAUCUCAAUGCCCUUGAAAAGAAAAUCUUUCUAUCAAUUGUGCAAAAUUAUCUCCAGACCACACCACCACAGUCUCCUGAAGAGCACAGUAGGUUCAUGGAAUACACACAAAAAAUGAGGCUCAUCAUUACUGGUGUUGCUGUAGGAAGUUUGGUGAUAACAGUGAAGUGUGAAUCUCUAAAGAUAUUGGAGGAGUUGUGGACAGAUUACUCAUCUGGUCAUCUUGGUGAAGUGGUUCAGAAUUGUUUUGUCACUGAAAAGAUCUUGAAGGAACUGAACCUGGCUGAGCUGAGGCUGAAGACAACAAUAGACAUAGAAGAGUACCAUGCAAGUAAAAUGUUCUUUGAGAAAGAUGCUCUUAGAGGUUGGUAG